CAUAAACAAUACAACACUUCGCAUUGCCACAGAAACUUCCCCUCAUUUCCCACCUCAGAACCCAACACACCAUGGCUACUCUCCACUUCACUCCUAAACCCUCCCCUUCUCUCACCCUCCCAAAACAAGUACACACAACCACCAAUCUCUCCGCUUCAUUCCAGCUCAAUCUCCGGCCGCGCCACCGCUCACGGCGGUCCUACUCCUGCACCGUCCGAUCCUAUAAGGUGGUGGUGGAACACGAGGGUCAGUCUACCGAGCUGGAGGUGGAGCCUGAUGAGACCAUACUGGAAAAGGCAUUGGACUCCGGCCUCUCUGUGCCGCAUGACUGCAAGCUCGGCGUGUGCAUGACUUGCCCUGCCAAGCUUCUCACCGGCACCGUCGAUCAGAGUGAAGGAAUGCUGAGUGAUGAUGUGGUGGAAGGCGGGUACACAUUGUUGUGCGUGUCGUACCCGAAGUCGGAUUGUCAUAUUAGCACAAUCCCGGAGGAUGAGCUGCUCUCACUGCAAUUAGCAACUGCUAAUGACUGAAAUUUUCGGAUUUUGGCAACUGGGGAGUUGACCCAUGUUUGUAUUGAGUUGUGGGUUGUUGAAUACAAGUAAUUUCUGCUUUGUUUUAUCA